AUGGCCAGCCCCUUCCCUACCUUUGGCAUGGCCCCCGGCCAGACUGCUGAGGCUCCCAAGAAGCCCCAUCUGUACAUCGGCAACCUCUCCGCUCGGGUGACCGACCAGAUGCUUGGCGAGAUCUUUGCCGUCGCUGGCGCGGUGGUGUCGGCCAAGAUCAUCCAAGAUCGCAAUUUCCAGCACGGCGGCUUCAACUAUGGCUUUGUCGAGUACAACGACAUGCGCUCAGCCGAGCAGGCGCUCGCGACCCUCAACGGGCGCAAGAUCUUCGACUCGGAGAUCCGUGUCAACUGGGCUUACCAGGGCCAGGGUAGCCGUGAGGACACGCAGCACCACUUCCACAUCUUUGUCGGCGACCUCAGCCCCGAGGUCAACGACGAGCUCCUCGGCAAGGCGUUCUGCCAGUUCCCCUCAUUGAGCGAGGCGCGCGUCAUGUGGGACAUGAACUCGGGCAAGAGCAGGGGCUAUGGCUUCUUGUCGUUCAGGGAUAAGACCGACGCUGAGCAGGCCAUUGCGGCCAUGAACGGCGAGUGGCUCGGCUCGCGCGCGAUCCGCGUCAACUGGGCAAACCAGAAGACGCAGACUGGCGGCUCGCGGUCUCUCGGCGGUGGUGGUGGUGGCGGCGGCGUCGGCGGCGUCGGUGUCGUGGGUGGUGGUCUGCCCGGCGGUCCUCCCGGCCCUGGAGGAGCGUUUGGUGCUUCCGCACCGCUCACGUUUGAGCAGGUCGCUGCCCAGACUCCCGACUACAACACGACCGUCUACGUCGGCAACCUCAUCCCAUACACCACCCAGGCCGACCUCAUCCCCCUGUUCCAAAACUACGGCUUCAUCACCGAGAUUCGCAUGCAGGCCGACCGUGGGUUCGCGUUUGUCAAGCUCGACUCGCACGCCAACGCCGCGCUCGCCAUUGCCACCCUUCAGAACCACCUCAUCCACGGCCGCCCGAUCAAGUGCUCGUGGGGCAAGGACCGCCAGGCUGACGCCCCUGGUUACAUGAUGUACACGUCCAACUACUCGUACUACCCAGGCUUCGGCGCCAUUCCGGGCCAGCCUGGCGGCCAGCCCGCACCCCCAGAGGCCAACGGCUCGGGAGCUCCCUGGGACAAUGCCGCUGCUGGUGGCUUCUACCAGCCUGGUUGGGCCGGGUACUACAACCAUGACGCACACACCCCGCAGCCCACGCCUCCAAACGGCCCACAGGCCUAG